AUGACCUGGACCCAAUCCAAUAACUCCGAUGUCAGUGUGCACUGGAUCAAGGUGUCUCCUCAGACUCUAUUGGUCCCGGCCUGUGUUACUCAGACUCUACUCUCCCCGGCCUGUGUUCCUCAGACUCUAUUCUUCCCGGCCUGUGUUCCUCAGACUCUACUCUCCCCGGCCUGUGUUCCUCAGACUCUACUCUCCCCGGCCUGUGUUCCUCAGACUCUACUCUCCCCGGCCUGUGUUCCUCAGACUCUACUCUCCCCGGCCUGUGUUCCUCAGACUCUAUUCUCCCCGGCCUGUGUUCCUCAGACUCUAUUCUUCCCGGCCUGUGUUCCUCAGACUCUAUUCUCCCCGGCCUGUGUUCUUCAGACUCUAUUCUUCCCGGCCUGUGUUCCCGCCACAAUAAUUGGUCGGCCCCAGUUCAGCAUCCAGGAUUUGGAACAACUCUGA